GCCGGCGCCGCCGCCGUCCAAACUGCGCGCUGGGGUCCCCCGGCUCGCCCCGGUCCGGGGCGUCCGAGAGGCCGGGGGAGAGCGCGCCAUGAAGUCAGUGCUCUUCAGCCGCUUCUUCAUCCUCCUGCCCUGGAUCCUGAUCGUCAUCAUCAUGCUCGACGUGGACACGCGUAGGCCCGCGCCCCCGCUCACCCCGCGCCCCUACCUCUCGCCCUACGCCGGGGGCCGCGGGGCCGCCCGCCUCCCGCUCCGCCGGGGCGGCCCGGGGCGCGGCCGGGAGCAGCGCAACGAGUCGCGGCCGCCGCCGCCGCCGCCGCCCGAGCCGCCGCUGCCCACCAUCUAUGCCAUCACGCCCACCUACAGCCGCCCGGUGCAGAAGGCCGAGCUGACCCGCCUGGCUAACACGUUCCGCCAGGUGGCGCAGCUGCACUGGAUCCUGGUGGAGGACGCGGCGGCGCGCAGCGAGCUGGUGAGCCGCUUCCUGGCGCGCGCGGGGCUGCCCAGCACGCACCUGCACGUGCCCACGCCGCGGCGCUACAAGCGGCCCGGGCUGCCGCGCGCCACCGAGCAGCGCAACGCCGGCUUGGCCUGGCUGCGCCAGCGGCACGGGCACCAGCGCGCGCAGCCCGGCGUGCUCUUCUUCGCCGACGACGACAACACCUACAGUCUCGAGCUCUUCCAGGAGAUGCGAACAACGCGCAAGGUCUCUGUGUGGCCAGUGGGCCUGGUUGGCGGGCGGCGCUAUGAACGUCCGUUGGUGGAAAACGGGAAGGUCGUCGGCUGGUACACCGGCUGGAGAGCAGACAGGCCUUUUGCCAUCGAUAUGGCAGGAUUUGCUGUAAGCCUUCAAGUCAUCUUGUCCAACCCCAAAGCUGUAUUUAAGCGUCGUGGGUCCCAGCCCGGGAUGCAGGAAUCUGACUUUCUAAAGCAGAUCACGACCGUCGAAGAACUGGAACCGAAAGCAAGUAACUGCACCAAGGUCCUCGUGUGGCACACUCGGACAGAGAAGGUGAACCUAGCCAACGAGCCCAAGUACCACCUGGACGCGGUGACGAUCGAGGUGUGACGGAGCCGCAGCUGGUGCUCUGGCGGGCGUGCGGGGUAGGGCUGCGGGCACCCGGGGGCCGUUUGCUCUGCUCUCCUCCCGACGGGCACCUGCUUACAGGGCGGUCGUGUCCGGAAGCUGAGCGCGGGUAGAGACCUCCGCUCUUGUCUCCAUUUGUUCUGCAUGCUCCCUUACAACCAACCCGGAGGGUCUCUGUACAGCACAGCUAAUGGCACGCAGGCUAGUACCAUUCUGAGGAUCUUCUUACAUACUGUUUUUCCCAUUUGGCCUUAUAAUUAAUUGGU